UCGGCUUCGUGCGGUCGUUUUCUUCGAGCGUCGCGUCGUGUGGUUUCUUGGGUUCUUUCACACCGGAAUCAUUCUCGCUCAUGCUGCAACUUCACCACGCGUACUACCUACUGUUUUUAGUUUAUCUUUUCGCUGGAACUUCCAUCGUCAUCAAAGGGACAUUGUUGUAAACAGUCAGUGACAGUAAAAAAUUUGGAUGUUUUUCUGUUUGAAACCAGUAGGAAAAGAGCAAAAGACUUUAUUAUCCGUCAAGAAGUCGUAAUAUCGUUUCGGAUUUGUCUUGUCUCCGUCAGCCGUGGUGUGGUGUGGUUCAGGAACACCUUGAUCUGCUUCAGCUCUGCGUCUGUUGCCGUGCGAGAGGAAGGAGUUUUUCUUCUUGCUUUUUCUCCCGCCGCCGACCACGACCACGGAUGGUUGUGGUGGAUAGUGGAGCGUUUUGAGUUGUGUGGUGUUCGCGUUUUUGUUAUUUGAACAAGAGAACCGAAGGAUAAAGGAAUUCCUCAACAGAGAAGAGUGCGAUGGACUCCGGGUUCUGGCCGUUCUAGCUGCUGGCAAUGUUUUCAUGGAUUGGACGGUGAACGCAUGGAUGGACCAGCAUAGUGUUGUUUAGAUUAUCGACCUUUCGUUUGGAUUGGAGCCGAAUUAAAUUCAGAACGAUUCCGAUCUGCUGGAUAACGGUAAAUGUGCGUAGAUGUGUGAGUUGAAAGAUUUUAUUUUUUAGCCUAUUGUUUACGUUCCGUCUACCGUUGGCCAAAGUGUGUAAACAAGAGUAUGAUUAGUGCACUGACGAGGGCAAGUAAAUAACAUCAGUAUCUACCAGUAGUGCAACGACAGUGACGACAGUUUUAUAUUGCGCAAGAUAUUUUUGAAGAAAUAACUAAAUGGGACCCAAGUGUGGAAUGUGUACCUUAAUUGAUGAUUAAAACAAAGUGUAACUAUUUUGCAACGCAACCAACAGAUCAAGGCUAAAAUCAUCUGUGAGCUACAACUGCUUCAGUGCACCAGUAUAGAGUGCUCGUUGAGAGCCCCGGUGGUGGUUAUUCUUCUGAAAAGGUUUCGCAAAAUGUCAUGUGGCAGCAGCACUUCAGAAGCUGGUUGGUUGGCUGACAGUGUUUGUGCAAUGUGAUGCCCGAGAAGAGGGAACGAAAACGGAAUAAGGCAAAGAUCUCACAUUGAUCUGAUGGUGGAAAGUCCCUGGUGGCGGCUCGUUGGAGGAGAAUAAGCCGUUCUCUCAAGUGGUACGGCACUGACGAGUUUGGAUUUUUGCAGAAAAUCUUCAAAGACAUAAGAUCACCGAUGUCUACACAUUUCACCGGAGGCUCGCUCGAUUUUCGAUUGUUGAUCAGCAGCACAACUCCACAGAUGAACAGCUGUUGAUGUUGACGCCAAACCAAAACCAUCUUGAACUAAAGAAAAAAAACGAAAACAGAUCAACUGUUUGUGUGCCUGCUCUAUACGAGCGCCUGUUCCAGUGAAUAGUUAUUGUCAGUCUGUUGAAUCUAGUUUUUUAUGAUUGUUGUGAAAUUUCAUUUUGUAGCUUUUCUCAAUUAGGCAAUCAUCAAUCGAUGAAGAAAAAAUCAAAAUGUAAAAUUCAAGGCUGAAAAUUAACAGUGAUCGAGAGAUUUGUGAAUUUAAAUAGUGUAAAUUUGUAGAAAAAGUGCAAUUAGAUCCAGGGAAGUGUGAAUCAAGUCCUAAUGGUGUUUAUCAACGAUGACACAAUCGGAGGAUUCGAGAAAGGAUGGUCCAUCGGCAGGUGGAUUUCAACCUGCGACGCCUCUGACUCCACAGCAACCGCAGCAACAUCUGCAGGUUCCGGGGACGCAACCCGGCCUGCCAAGCGUCACAGAUACCAGUCGUACCUAUGUGUUUCCCGGUCCAAGUGUCACGGCCGGUAGUGCCGUACCAGUGAGCGGUGUCAAUGCGAGUCGAACAUUGUUCGAAAACCCUCGCAGUGGAGGCCAUUCCCGUUCGAUUAGUCAUGGAGAAGGUUCCUUUGGAAUGGUCGGAGCAGCGGGUAGACCGUCGGCUCUCAAAUCCGCUGUCAAAGGAGGUCAUCAACGGGCGCUAUCACAUGGACAAAUCACGGACGCCCCGGUACCUCGAUCCGGCCAUAGUCGAGUUGGAUCCAAAACAGAUUUCAUCCUACCGCCGGGUCACAAGGAACAACCGGAAACUCGGGAAACAGGUACAGCUUCCACGUCCGCAAAAGGCCAUUCACGGCAGGCUUCGCGAUCGGAAUCCAUUUACACACUGCGAAGGGCCGAUCGUCCUCCCUGGUGGAAAAGAUUCAUGUUCUGUCGCAGCAGCAAAUUUGAAGACCGGGGCUACCGGAUAGUAGUUCCUAACCACACAGUGCCUCCGAAAACACCAAAAAAUGACCAUCCCAACGGUCGCCUAGUAGGGAACAAAAUUCGGACUACCAAGUACACACUGCUAUCGUUUGUGCCGAAAAAUCUUCUCGAGCAGUUUCACCGAGUCGCGAACCUAUACUUUAUAUUCAUAGUGCUACUGAACUGGUUUCCCCAGAUUAACGCGUUCGGAAAGGAAAUUGCCAUGAUCCCGGUACUGUUCGUGCUGGGCGUGACGGCAAUUAAGGACCUGUUUGAAGACCGGCAGCGACGGGCGUCAGACAAGCGGAUUAACAACUCGACUUGCCGUGUUUACAAUGGGGAAUCGGAACGCUACAAGAAAGUACUAUGGCAAGAUGUGCGUGUGGGCGACCUGGUGCAUCUAUCGAACAACGAGACUGUCCCGGCAGAUAUUUUGCUGCUAAAAUCAAGCGAUCCUCACGGGGUCUGCUACAUCGACACCUGCGAUCUGGACGGAGAAACGAACCUCAAAAGGCGACAGGUGAUACGAGGUUUUGCCGAGAAGCAGCACAUUUUUACGGCCAGCAAGUUUACGAGCCGUGUCGAAGUAGACACACCAUCGACGAAAAUCUACCGGUUUCAUGGAGCUGUGAUACACCCAUCGGGUGAACGGGUACCGGUGUCCACCGAGAGUCUAUUGCUGAGAGAGAGUCGACUUAAGAACACGGACUACGCCGAGGGAAUCGUGGUCUACGCCGGACAUGAAACGAAAGCAAUGCUAAACAAUAGUGGCCCUCGGUACAAGCGGUCUCAAAUCGAGCAGCAGAUGAACAUCGAUGUCAUAUGGUGCGUGAUCAUUCUCAUCAUCCUGUGUGUGAUUGGUGCCAUCGGAUGUAAGAUGUGGCUCGCAUCGUUCGUGGCUGCCAGUGGGAACAACAACGAAACAUAUCGUAUUCCAUAUCUUCCCUUUGAGAUCAAUCCGGACUACGAGGGGUUGUUGGCGUUUUGGACGUUUGUCAUUAUUCUGCAAAUCAUGAUACCGCUGUCGUUGUACGUGACGAUAGAACUGUGUAAAAUUAUGCAGGUGUAUCACAUACACAAUAGCAUAGAAUUGUACGAUCAGCAAACGAAUAAGCGAACCGAAUGUCGAGCAAUGAACAUCACCGAGGAGCUUGGUCAGAUCCAGUAUGUAUUUUCGGAUAAAACUGGAACAUUAACAGAGAACCGGAUGAUCUUUCGGAGGUGUACAAUCGUAGGGGUGGACUACAAUCAUCCCGAGACGGAGGAAGAGAAAGAACUGACCAAAAUCGGAGGUCCCGUGCCGUACCUUCAGCCAAAUAUUAGUUUAGUAGAGAAUUUAAAUCAGAUUAGCGAUUCUGAUCAGCUUAGCGGUAGUGCGCAACAGAUACAGGAGUUCUUUCUUGUGCUGGCCAUUUGUAAUACGGUGGUUGUAAGUGCUACUCCACACAAGGAUCUAAUGAACGCCAGUGGUGUGAUCGAACUGAAUGAUAGUGAUACUAGUGUAACGCUGGUCCGACCAGUGCUAACCGAUGCAAUAGCAAACGGAACUGAUCCCGCUAGUGAUAGGUACGCGCGGUUGACUGAAUCGCGAUCAAUCACGCCUUCACCCCCUCCGAGUGCUCCUUCGUCACUGCCGUUGAAACAAACCCAUGUGCCAUCGCUGUCGCCCAUUAGCAGCUCAGCGGAAACAUCCCCCAUGUCGGAAAGUCCUCCGAUGAAGCUUAAAGCAAUUACGCCCACGGCGCGAGUGAAAUCCCUAGUAGCCAAGCUACCGAAAGGUCCAUUCAAGUCUAAUAAUAAGAACAAGUUCAACAUGAAUAGCGUUAAGUUUCCCAAGUCCCUCUCCCAGGGUUCGACCCCAAGUGACCGACGACCGAUCUUCGAGGCUGAAAGUCCUGACGAAUUGGCGCUGGUCAAUGCUGCGUACAGCUACGAUUGCUGUCUGAUCAAUCGUAGUCCCAAUCACGUUUUAGUGAAUGUCCCAGGAGAGGGUGUCAUGGAGUACGAGGUUCUCAAAAUUCUACCCUUCGAUUCGAACCGCAAAUGUAUGUCUGUAGUUGUCCGCAAGACUGGAACCCAAGAGGUUGUCCUCUACACAAAAGGUGCCGACAGUUCGAUCAUGUCUAGUCUUGCCCCGUGUGCUCCUGGAUCGGAAGAAUAUCGCCUGCGAGAGCAGACGCAGCAUCAACUGAAUCUGUAUGCACGUCAAGGUCUACGUGUGCUAGUAAUGGCAAAACGAAAACUAAAUGCAACGGACUUUUCCGAGUGGUACACGCAGCAUCAAGAGUGCGAACUGAGCAUGGAGAAUCGCGAGAAAAAGAUCAGAGAAUCAUUCAGUCUCCUGGAGCGAAACCUCACGCUGCUGGGGACAACCGGUAUUGAAGAUCGUCUCCAGGAAGGUGUCCCGGAAGCAAUUGCUUCCAUUCUGCAAUCUGGUAUUGUGAUUUGGGUACUGACCGGGGACAAAACCGAAACGGCGAUCAACGUUGCGUACUCUGCGAGAUUGUUCAACGCUCAGAUGGACAUUCUCCGGUUAACUGCGCGAUCGCGUGAUUCUGCUGAAGCUUGCAUAAAUUUUUACCUGAAUGAGAUCGAAAAACAGCUGAACGAUGCGGAUUUCUCGAUCCGAAGUGAUCGCGAAAAAGGGCGUGCGUUGGUCGUGGAUGGCAAGACGUUGACUUUUAUCCUGGAUCUGCGGUCGAACUUGACGAAACCAUUCCUUAGGCUGACGAAGUACUGCUCAUCGGUUCUAUGCUGUAGAGCUACACCCUUGCAGAAAGCGUUCCUGGUGAAGGUGGUGAAGGAGGAACUCCGAAUGAGCACGCUGGCGAUUGGUGAUGGGGCAAAUGAUGUUUCAAUGAUUCAGAUGGCCGAUGUUGGAGUCGGAAUUUGCGGUCAGGAAGGUAUGCAAGCUGUAAUGGCGUCGGAUUUUACGAUAGCAAAGUUUCGAAUUUUGGAAAAGCUUCUGCUGGUUCACGGUCACUGGAAUUACGACCGACUGGCUCGGAUGAUCAUUUACUUCUUCUACAAAAAUGCGGCGUUCGUGUUCCUACUGUUCUGGUAUCAACUCUACUGUGGUUUCUCCGGUGCCGUCAUGAUUGACGAAAUCUACCUGAUGAUCUACAAUCUCAUCUUCACUGCCCUGCCUCCUCUUGCCAUCGGUGUCUACGAUAAGAAGAUAAUCGACGAUUUACUGCUCAACUAUCCACGUCUUUAUCGGCAUGGCCGUCUGGGGAAGGGUUAUAAACCCUACACCUUCUGGAUUGUCAUGCUUGAUGCGCUCUAUCAAAGUCUGGUAAUAUUCUUCGUCACUAAAGCUGCCUUCUGGGACUCGGAUGUAGACGUGUGGGUAUUCGGUACAACCAUAACGUCGUCCUGUCUGUUCGCGAUGCUGCUACAUUGUGCCAUAGAAAUCAAAUCAUGGACAAUCCUCCACGUAUUAUCAAUCGUAAUUAGUAUAGGUUCGUUCUACGUUUUUGCCUUCGCGUACAACACCGUAUGUGUGAGCUGCUUCGGACUACCUUCCAACUACUGGGUGAUCCACAUGAGCAUGAGUACAGUACAGUAUUAUCUGAUUACUGCCUUGACGGCAGUUCUUGCCUUGUUGCCUCGCUUCAUAUACCGCGUAGUGGAGAACACCGUAUGGCCGGGUGAAGGCGUCCGCGUUACGCUACAGUACAAAGAAGAAAAACGAAGAGGUGAGAAUCUGCUGGUGACCUGGUCCCGGUCCACGUCCGCCUCGUCUAUAUUCAGGUAUUUAACGACGACAACAACAACCACGACCACCACCACUAUGACCACUACCACGACGUCCUCCUCUAGCAAGAACCCGGGCUCAAAGGGAAGCACAUUGAAGGCGCGCAAAAAGCUAAACGCCGCAGUCGGCAUUCUGGAGCGUAACAAUCCCCAGGAACGGUUCGGCUAUUAACGGCACCAUACUAGGCUCGUGCGCUUGAAGUGCUUGAAGAUGAAGAUUGCUUGUGGUUCGUUUGUACUUGCCAUCAAGGAUCAACGGUAACGUUACGCUAGAAAAUUUUCCGACAUGUUUACCUACUAUUUGUGUGCAAGUUUGCCUUGGAAUGGUAUUUUUUUUCCCGGUUCUGGAUAUUUUUUUAUAGGUUUGAUUUAUCUAAAUGCACAGAUUUCCUUGUACAGCAUUUAUACACGCAAGUUUUAUCCUGUUUGAAUUGUUGUUUUACUGUAUGAUUUGUUUGUAGCUGCUAUUUGAAAAGUGCACAUUAUGGUAUCAAAGAGAGAAGGCAUUGUUUAAAUGGUAAGUCACAUAAAUAUAUAAAGGAGAGGCACAUGCUUUUGAGUAAAAACAUAUUACCGACAGACAAUUCGGAGGAAAUUAUUAAAGAACUCUUUGAGAUCUUCAAAAAUAAUUCCAUGUGGGAAAACGGGAGAUCCAGAAGUUUUUUUUUAGGAUUUCUUAUAGAUUUGAGAGUUGAAAUCCUUUGAGUUACACAAAAGUUGUAUGAGCAUGAAAAUAUUCAAAACAAUCCUUGUUCGAUUCUGAACGUAUGAGAUAUUUGGAAGGAAUUACGGUAUAAGCUAAAAUAAUCCAAGCAAGUUCCAUGACGAAUUUUGAUGUAAUUUUAUUGUGUUAAGCUCAAACCGUAUUUUCCAUACAAAAAUAUCUUUUUUAUGUAUAAAAAAAUACGGUAAACGAGAAUAUGGGUGCAUAAUAUUCAUACAGAUUUGUAUGGAAAUAAUAGGUCCGUUUCUGUGCUUGCUUUUUUUUAUUUUUGCUGUAAGUUGCUGCAGCUUUCUGUAAGUUGGUGUAUGCAAAUAAUAUACUGCAGAACCGGGUGGCACAAGGUACUUUUGAAUAUUUUGGAAUCGUAAACUAGAUUCGGAGAUGUAAAUGUCAUGAAACUAAAUGCGGUCUGAAAUGAAUAAAACCCGUCAGUUGACACAUCAAAUGACAUGAGAAUUCAAAAACAAGUUCAAUGGUAGUCAUAAUUAGAGCACAGCGCUAUACUGGCCACAUUCGGCCAUAUUCCGGGAACCCCAUGCCCCAGUCUCUAGCUAAGGGUUUAAAGCAGAUGAUAAUUCAUCGUAUGAGCACUUUAGAAUUUCUGUUAGUAAGUAAGGGUAAGUUUUGAGCAUUGGAGGAUUAAGAUACGUUCUCUAUAAAAUCGUGGAUAGGACAAAGCUUUGACUGUCCAGGUAUUUUUGUGCGUAGGACAUGUCCAACCCAGUACGGGUGCAGACCUGAUUACUACCACUCACAGUGCCUGUAUCGACCAUGGGGAACGCCGUUUGAACAAGAUCAGAAAAACACAGAUUUU